UUUAAUUACAUUCCUACUUUGCCAAAAAGUCGCUAAAUGUUCACCUUUUUAUACUUAAGAGCAACCUUUGAUGAUGGCAGCACUUGGAAUAUUGAUUUGUGCACUCUCAUGGAUAUAAAUCAGCAAAAUCCAAGUUGCCACCCUACCGAUACCGCUGACGAACUUGAAAGAGGAUUUCUAUCCCACCUAUCACCCUGGAAAUUGCCCUUUAUGUAAUUCACUUCUAUUCAUCCGUUUCACGUCACUUUCACUUCCACUUUCUCUCACUUGGGGGUUGGUCAUUGUUCACGACACGCCCACACGUCUGAGGAAUAAGCUACCCUUCAACCUUCCAUCAAUCCGUUCCGAAUUCGUUUUGUGCUAUUUGUGGGGUAUCUGUAGUAGGUGAACAAGAUGUUGUUUAUGCACCUGUGCACGCUAGUGCUUAAAAUCUUAACAUUGCCACUUCAGCUUGCGGAAUUGGUGGGUCUGUAUAAACUAUACAAGCGCGUAUUUCCGUUUAUGUUGUACAGGAUCACUUUCAAUUAUAACCUUAAAAUGAACGAACACAAACGGGAACUUUUCAGGUCUCUACAGAAAUUCCGUCCAUCAAAUGGCGAACUGCGUAUUCUUGAGAUCGGUUGUGGAACUGGAGCUAACUUUGAGUACUACCCGGCGGGCUGUAAAAUAGUCUGCACAGACCCCAACCCGCACUUCAAGACCUAUCUACAGAAGAACAUGACGAAAAAUGAUCACCUUGUUUACGACACGUUUGUUGUGGCGACUGGAGAGGAUCUGCGCGGGGUACCAAAUGAAUCGGUCGACGUGGUGGUUGUCACUUUGGUCCUGUGUUCAGUCGGCGACAUCGGGGUUGUACUACAAGAGGCGAAACGAGUCCUUCGACCUGGUGGUGGCUUCUUCUUCAUGGAGCACGUGUGUGCAGACCCAUCCACCUGGACUUUCUUCUUCCAGCAUGUUAUGCAGCCGCUCUGGUACUACUGUGGAGAUGGCUGUGAGAUCACUCGUACCACGUGGGAAUGUAUCGAGAACGCAGGAUUUAGCCAGAUAAACCUGCGACAUAUUCAGGCUCCUGUACCCGCGCACUCGCUCAUCCAGCCCCACAUUGUAGGCUAUGCCAUUAAAUAACUGCAUACUUAUCGUCACAUAGCAGACUACACACACAGGGCCGCUGACAGAUUUU